AUGCCCCUGGAGGUGCCUUGGCCCUUCCCACCGGCCCCGCGGCUGCCCUGGACCCUGGCCAGUCGCCUGAUCACCGGCCUGGUGGGCACCUACAGCUGCUUCUGGACGAGGCGCAUGAACCGGCUGCGGGUCCAUAACAAGGAGGUUCUGUACGAUUUGGUCGAGCGGCGCCAGCCCGGCACCCCCCUCAUCACCGUGUCCAACCACCAGUCCUGCAUGGAUGACCCCCACCUCUGGGGUAUAUUGAAGCUUCGGCACGUCUGGAACGUGAAGAAGAUGCGCUGGACCCCCACGGCCGCUGACAUCUGCUUCACCCGAGAGUUGCACUCGCGCUUCUUCAGCCUGGGCCAGUGCGUCCCCGUGUGCCGAGGGGAUGGCGUCUAUCAGAAGGGGAUGGAUUUCAUCCUGGAGAAGCUCAACCGCGGGGACUGGGUGCACAUCUUCCCUGAGGGCAAGGUGAACAUGAGCCAGGAAUUCAUGCGCUUCAAGUGGGGGAUCGGGCGACUCCUGGCCGAGUGCCGGCAGCACCCCGUCAUCCUGCCCCUCUGGCACGUCGGUCUGAACGAUGUGCUGCCCAACACCCCCCCGUAUGUGCCCCGUGUCGGCCAGCGGAUCACUGUUCUCAUCGGGAAACCAUUCAGCGUCCGGCCCGUGCUGGAGCGUCUCCAGGCUGAGAACAAGUCAGCGGUGGAGAUGCGCAAGGCGCUGACGGAUUUCAUCCAGGGCGAGAUCCAGGCACUGAAGGGCCAGGCCGAGCGGCUGCAUCAGACGUUCCAGUGGCAGAGAUAGCCGGGGGUGUGUGUGUGUGUGUGUGUGUGUGUGUGGCUGGCCUCCCUGCCCCACAGCUGUGCUCCACAUGCACGCUGGCCCCUCCCCUCUUCCCCACAUGCUGGCGGGCCGGCCCCCUCCCGCCUGACACUUCUGCCCCACAUGCUGGCGGGCCGCUCCCCUCUGCCCCACACAUCAGCAGGCCGGCCAGCCCAUCUUCCUCGCCCCACUCACUAGCAGGCUGGCACCUCCCUGCCCGACACCUCUGCCCCACAUGCCAGCCGGCUGGCCCAUUGCCCC